CAAAACGCUCUCACUCAAAGCGCGUUCAACUUAAUCCCAAAACAACAGCAGCACAGGCGAUAUCAAGUAGCGCGUGAAAAUCAUUUUCGAAAACGUGAGAGUACGAUUGUCAAGCAAGAUUUCUACAGUUACAAUGGAUAAGAACAUGUCUUCGUCUUCUUUGUUGCCCUGUCAACUUCCAAAAACCUGGUAGCUCACAGUCUGUACCUCCGUUGAAGGACGGCGUAGUCUUACGUGCUUCUCUUUUUUUCUUUUUCUUGUUUUAUCUUGGUUUACCCACACGAGAGAUCACCAAGUCUUUAGUUAUCCAGGCUCUUUUUUUUUGUUUUUCUUUUAAUCUUUCUCUUUCUCUCUCUAGCAAUACCCAGAAAGAUUUGAGCUUUCAGAUUCCAGAGCAAAAAUUUCGAUGAUUUAGGCUUCAUUUUCGAGAAAACGAGAGGAUUAUUUGAGAGAUUCAGCUUCUGGGUAUUGCAAAUCUCCCAUGUAUUUGAAUUCAAAUUCUGGGUUAAACGCCGUUCUCUUUACAUUUCUGUCACUUGAACUUUCCCAGAAAAUUUACAAGUUCAGGUUCAAAUUAAAGGCUUAGAAAUCGAAAAUCCAGAAUCUGGGUUUUUUCUGGUUUUGGUGUUUUCGGAUUUCGUGUUUUUGAUUUUUGGGGUUUUGGAGAUAUAUAUAUAUAUAAAUAUAUAUAUAUAUAUAUUUUUUUUGGGAGGCGUCAAUGGGUGCUAAUAUGUCAGGUGGAGUUACGGACAUGGAAGGUGUAGUGAAGCCAAGGCUUGGGGAUAUUCCAGAAAGCUGUGUGGCAUUGGUUUUGAUGUAUAUGGACCCGCCUGAGAUUUGUAAAUUAGCUAGGUUGAAUCGAGCCUUUCGUGGAGCUUCUUCAGCGGAUUUCAUCUGGGAAUCGAAAUUACCUUCGAAUUAUCGGUUUAUUAUUGAGAAAGUUUUUCAAGAGACGAAAAUGGUGGAUAACCUGGGGAAGAGGGAAAUCUAUGCUAGACUUUGCAAGCCUAAUUCAUUUGAUGGUGGCACUAAGGAAAUUUCGCUGGAUAAAAGUACUGGUGGAAUUUGCUUGUUUAUUUCUUCAAAAGCGUUAACCAUUACGGGGAUUGAUGAUCGGAGAUAUUGGAAUUUUAUUUCAACCGAGGACUCUAGAUUUCAGACAGUUGCUUAUCUGCAACAAACCUGGUGGUUCGAAGUAGAUGGAGAGUUAGAGUUCCAAUUUCCAGCUGGAAAGUACAGUCUAUUCUUUAGGCUUCAGCUUGGCAAGUCCUCCAAGAGACUUGGUCGUCGGGUUUGCAACUCCGAACACGUCCAUGGCUGGGAUAUCAAACCAGUGAGGUUUCAGUUAACAACUUCUGAUGGUCAGCAAGCUGUUUCCCAGAGUUACUUGGACAAUCCAGGAAACUGGAUUAACUACCAUGCUGGAGAUUUCGUUGUUGAGGAUCCUAAUGCUUUGAUGAAGAUCAAAUUUUCAGCGACUCAGAUUGAUUGCACUCACACAAAAGGAGGUGUCUGUGUAGACGCUGUGGUGAUAUGUCCCAGUGAUGAAGGAAAAGAAGGUAAAUCGUUUUUGUAGGGAGAAGGAGGUGUAAAAUUAAUACAGGAAGUGUGUGCUGUCUGUCAUAUGGAAUGUGUGGCCAGCCCCCAGCAGGAUGCAGAAAAUCAGAUAGUGGUUUAGUCUUUUAAAAAAAAAAAAAAAAGGGGGCAUUUUAAUGUCAUUUAGAUGUGAUUCUGUACAUAUUAGCUUAUUUGGGUUUGUUUCAUUGUUGGUUUUUUCCUUCAAACAAAAAGAAUGAAUUUGCAGUGUGCCAAUUUUGAUACUUAGAAUUUUGUGUAUAUACACUUCUCUUUUUGUUCCA